AGUUUGUCUUUAAUUCUGCCGAAGAGUGAUACAUUAAAAUAUUUCUGGAAAAAAAAAUUGGUGAAUAAUUAAUAUAAACUAUGAAAUGUAGUAUUUUUGUGGCAAUGUUUCUUUGUUUUUUGAGUACUACGCUGAGCCAAGUAAUUCCUCACAUUUCCGUAAAAGCUCAAAGUGAUCUUGUUAACUACAUAAAUAGAAGAAACAAAAAUAUUCCAAUUUCCGUUCAUAAUUCUCCCUGUUUUGAAGUAUUUUACUCACUAUUUAACAAUUCGACAAAUAAGGCCAAAAAUCAAGCUGAAAUUUGUCAAAAAACUGCACUCUCAGAACUAAAGACAAUCAUGCAAGUUGAAAAUGAAGAAUAUGAGAAAAUAGUGGAGAAAAUUAAAAGUCUCUUAGAAAAUUGUGGCUCUGUUGAUGAUUUUGACUAUUUUCAAUGCAUGACUGAUAUUGCCGAAGAAGUUGAUGCUUAUUUCGAACAAAUCGAAGAAAUGUAUGCGGAACUCGUUAAGAAACAUUCUAAAGAAAUAAAAAAAAUCAACUAUAAACAACUGAAAUGCCUUGAGAAAGUUAUUAAGAAACUCAAACGUGAAAAUGAUGAAAUUUAUGAAAAUCUUAAACAAUGCCAGGGGUCGAGUACUGACGAGAUUCAUAACGAAAAUCAAGAUGAUACGGACGAAGAACCAGACUCGGAAGAUAAAAACGAUGGUAAAGAAUACUCUCAAAAUAAAAACACACCAAUUGUUAUCGGUGUAACAGUAAUAGUUUUUGGAGUUUGUUUUUGUGUUGUUUUUGUAAGUGCAGUAGUAUACAAAACGAACAAUUACGGGAAAGUCAUGACUUUAGAAACACAAUCGGAGAUCUAGUCUUGGAUUUUUUUGUAAAAAUCAA